AUGGCUCACAUCACAGAAACCUCAGGUUUCACGGUCGACGGCAGCUCCGAGUGCAGCAACACCAUGACCACUACAGGAAGUCGAAGCCGCAGACACUCCACCGGGAGCACGCAGCAAGACAGCGACUCUUAUUCCACGAAACAAGCCCUUGCCAGCAACGACAUCCUCAACCUUCUCGACGCCACCGAUUACUUCCACGUCACGAUGUUUAACAUCAGACAGAAUACGCAGUAUCAGCUGAAGGUGAAGGAAAGCACAACGGUCACGGAGCUGGCGAAGAUGGUGCAGGAGGAGGAGGCGAUUCAGAUGAGAAGACUCAAUCUGCUUCAACACAACGUCGUCAGGAUAUUCUGUGGGUAUGCUGAUGAUGGAAAGCGUGAUGAGACGCUUGGAAAUCUCGGCAUCAAGGAUGGAGAUCGCAUCAACAUCGUCGUCAAGACCGAAGUGGCUUACUUUCCAAGGAGCGAGUGGUAUCGAGCCGACGAUGGGAGUGUCAUGCUCGGAGGAGAUGCGCAGCAGCGGCAUCGGGAAUUGGAGCGUCAGCGUAUUCAGGAUAGGAGGGAUUCUGGCCUCUCCUGA